ACCACCACUUUAUUUCCCUAAUUUUCACUUGAAGAAAAAGUGGAUGAAUGACAGCCGCGCGUCUGGCCGACUUUUUGUUCUGAUAUUUAUGUUUUAGCCUCAACCGGAAGUACGGAGCUAGGAAUUUUAAAACACCCGCCAUGUAAAAUCAUUAACCGUUCCUCAUUCCCCAGAUAUAUUAAAGAAUUAAUAAUGAUAAAUAACCAGUAAGAUAGAUAUGCCUUUAUAUCUACCCUGUCCUCUUUAAACAGAAAAUCGACCGGGGCCAAAACUACGAAACCGCUCCCCUGCCACCUCAAAUUGCGGACAAAGUUACACAUGUAAACAACAGGAAGUGAUCACAUUCAGCGUUUGUUAUUGUUAUUUUUUAAUAAAUCUGCUAAUUUGUCAUGGAAAGUAGUGAAAAGAAGCGAAAAAGAGGAGCUACAAAGCACUGUGCGUAUGGAAAAUGUAACAGUGAUUCACGGUACCUAGAUCGACCCGAGAUGAAAGAUGUAUUUUUCAUCCGAUUUCCGAAACCAGGAAAGGACUUUGAAAAGUGUGUUCGCUGGGUGAAAGCCUGCAGUAGGAAAGGUUUUGAUGAAACAUGGGUGAAGAAGGACACCUACAUUUGCAGUAUACAUUUUGUAGGUGGAAAAGGUCCCACCGAUCUCCACCCAGAUCCGAUCCCUGCAAACGCCACGAAAUACGAUGUCCAGCGAUUUCAAAAGACACCCAGAAGGAAAGUACAAAGAUGUUUUUCUCUCGCAGAAUCACAAAACACAAACAGGAAAAAUGUCAGCUUAUCUAAACCGUUGCAGUACCAAAGGCAUGCUGAGCAAGAAGUCGCAGAGAUUUUACUGUCGUUAAGUGAAAAUGUAGUAUUUAGUUUAUAGACACUGCUUUACUGUUUCGGAGCAAUAAUUGAGAAGUUAAGCCUUUAAAUCACAAUUGCAAAUAAUAGAACAUUUCAGAACGUCAUGAUGACUUUUGAUAGUCGGACUGUCGCUGUCCGGUAAGAGGGAUGACAACUCUAAAAUAUCAGAUCAUAAGUCAUCCCGACAAGCCAAAAUGAUUUAGGCUAUUUAAUCACAUUCCGGAACAAAACCGCUGCGGUAGCCUAGUGGCAGAGCGUCCGCUUCGAGUGCGGGAGGUCGUGGGUUCGAUCCCCGGCCGCGUCAUACCAAAGACGUAAAAAAUGGUACUAGUAGCUUCCUCGCUUGGCGCUCAGCAUUAAGAGGAUAGUGCUAGGACUGGUCAGCCCGGUGUCAGUAUAAUGUGACUGGGUGGGGUAUCAUGCCACGUGUCUACGGCGUGAUAUUCCAGUGAGGCAGCACUAUAAAGUUGGGCAUUGUGCUCACUACUACAAGUAGACACCGUCGUUUAUAUGACUGAAAAAUUGUUGAAAAAGACGUAAAACCCAAACACACACACACACACAUUCCGGAACAAAGCCAUUUAAAAUUACUAUUUUCCAAGUGUUUAUUGAAACUAUAUCUUAGACAUUAACAUCGUGUUAUACAAAUGUAACGGUGUAGAAGUCUUAAUUUUGUUAUACUCCACUAUGAUGGUGAUGUCAUGAUUAUGUAAUUUUUCUUUCUUUCUGUUUUUCUAAAGGCUGAGAACAAGGAGAAUGAAAUGUUUGCUGUACAUGAAGAAGACCAGUCUUCACAUCCGGUUGCUAAAGCCAAUACAUGUAUGCCAAUGGAUGUUAAUAGAGAAAGCGGUCAGGAAAAGGUACAAUCCUUAGGAGGAAGUGAAACAGAAAUACAUUUAAAGACAUCAGAUGAAGUAUUCUUUGCCAGGAAGCUGUGCAGCAAGGAAACACAGACAAAUCCUUGUAUGUCGAUGGAUAUUUCAGUAAGAAUAAAGAACCGCCUCUUAGAGAGUGAGAAUGCAGACUUGAAAUCAAAAUUGGAAUUGUCUACAUCAACUUUUCAAGAAACACCAAGCACUCCAAGUAGUGAACCUAUUACUUGUAUUAAUGUACAGUGUGCUUUUGACUUUUCAGAACUGGAGAAUGACGAUAAAAAAUCAAAAAUUUUCACUGGACUAACAUAUGUGCAGUUGUUGCAACUGUGGAGUUACUUGUCUCCAGCUAUUCCUUAUUUAAAGUACUGGGAUCGUGCAUCAACAAACAAAGAUAACUAUAACAUUUUACCUAAAAAUGCCUUUCUAAUGACAUUCAUGAGACUUAGAAAUGGAUACACUAACCAGGACCUUGCAUACAGAUUCGGAACAAGUUUGUCAAAUACGUCAGUUAUAAUUAUAUCGUGGAUUCAGUUUCUUUAUUCGCAGUUUCUUCCUUUAAAAGAAUUCGUGUUUGCAGAACGUUCAAGAAUACAAGAAACUAUGCCUUUGUGCUUUAAAACAGAUAAAAACAUUAGAUGUAUAAUUGACUGCACUGAAUUUUUUUCCCAAAGGCCUAGAAAUUUUCAGCGUCAAGGCAAUCUUUUUUCCAGUUACAAGUCGCAUACAACAUACAAAAUAUUAGUUGCUGUUGCCCCAAAUGGCUCGAUCAUGUUUGUAAGCGAAGUAUUUGAAGGUUCUAUCUCAGACAGAGAUAUUGUGAUUAAGUCAGGAUUUUUAGAUUUGUUAAAUCCAGGAGAUACAAUAAUGGCAGAUCGUGGUUUCAAUAUCAAAGACUUACUAAAUGCUCGUAAGGUUGAUUUAAUCAUUCCACCUUUUUUGAUGGGCCGAAAACAUUUAACACCGCAAGAAGAAGCUUUAACAAAAGAUAUUGCAAAACAUCGUAUUCAUGUUGAAAUGGCAAUAGAACGAAUGAAAAAAUUCAAGCUUUUACAAAAGACCAUUCAGUUAUAUUUGGAGCCUCUUAUGUCUCAGAUUGUUUUUAUUGUGGGAUGUCUUGUAAAUUUUCAAGAACCUCUUGUAAAGUAAAUAUUUCAAAAACUAACAUGAAUUUCAGAUUUUAUGUUUGACACAUGCAGAUUUCAGUUAUUUUCUGGUAGCAGAAUUUGAUUUUACUACCAUUCAGCUUUUGCAGAAACAGUUGCUGAUAGGGUUUGUUUGUCCGCAUUCCAGAGUAUGUCUGGGAUUGUUACUAUUUUUAGAAUGGAAUGGCUUAUCAGUGACGUGUACAAGUAUCGAUCACGGGAGUGUGCUGAUAAGGUGAUAUUG